UCAUGUGCAUUUCCCUCCUUGCUGUGUGUGUCAAAUGGCCGGAAGGGGCUAAGGUAAAAGCAUACACUGUGCAGUUUCGCACGGUUAUUGCAAUUGGUUUUCUAGGGGGACCGACACCGACUGCAUUCACCACCAGCACACACCCCUCAGCACCGGUGAUGCAUCCCCGCGGCAAGGGCACGGACAACUCCUCUGUAGAGUCGUCUCGACUUUAGAAUGGUGAAGAAAUCUCUCAACGGCGGGGUUUACCCAGCUCAAGCCGGAGAGAAGAAGCACAAAGUCGGCUUUGUCGGAUUGGACCCAGGGGCUCCUGAAUCCAGCAGGGAUGGUGCGCUGCUCAUUGCGGGUUCAGACAGCACCAAGCGGAGCAGCAUCCUCUGCAGACCGAGGUCUAGCAUCUCCGCCGGGAGACCCAGACCGUCGAAGAAAAAUGCCAGCUAUCGGAAACUACAGAAUUUCCUCUAUAAUGCGCUGGAGAGACCGCGGGGAUGGGCGUUCAUCUACCACGCUUAUGUCUUUCUCUUGGUCUUCUCCUGUCUCAUACUGUCAGUCUUUGCCACCAUCAGAGAGUUCAAAAACAGCUCAGAGAGUGCCUUGUACAUCCUGGAAAUUGUGACCAUCGUGGUGUUUGGAGUGGAGUACAUUGUAAGGAUAUGGGCUGCUGGCUGCUGUUGUCGAUACAGAGGAUGGAGAGGGAGGCUAAAAUUUGCCAGAAAGCCUUUCUGUGUCAUAGACAUCAUGGUGCUGAUUGCCUCGGUAUCCGUACUAGCAGCUGGAUCUCAGGGCAAUGUUUUUGCCACCUCGGCCAUCAGGAGUCUGAGAUUCCUGCAGAUCCUGCGCAUGCUGCGUAUGGACCGCCGUGGAGGCACCUGGAAGCUGCUCGGAUCUGUAGUUUAUGCCCACAGCAAGGAGCUCAUCACAGCGUGGUACAUAGGCUUCCUUUGUCUUAUCCUGGCUUCAUUCCUGGUCUACUCAGUGGAAAAGGAGUCGAAUGAGGAGUUUGAGACCUAUGCUGAUGCUCUUUGGUGGGGACUGAUCACUCUCACCACCAUUGGUUAUGGUGAUAAGGUUCCCAAGACCUGGAAUGGACGCUUGCUGGCAGCCACAUUUAGCAUGAUUGGAGUGGCCUUCUUUGCACUUCCUGCUGGCAUCCUGGGUUCUGGCUUUGCCCUCAAAGUGCAAGAGCAGCACAGGCAGAAACAUUUUGAGAAGAGACGCAAUCCUGCAGCAGGCCUCAUUCAGGCUUCUUGGAGGUUUUAUGCGACCAACCUUUCCCGUACAGAUCUACUGUGCACUUGGGAUUUUUACGAGCAGACUGUAGCUGUUCCAAUGUACAGACUUAUUCCACCUCUGAAUCAGCUGGACCUGCUGCGGAAUCUGAAGGGCAAGUCAUUCAGGAAGGAGUCUCAAACAGAAACUUCCCCCAGGUCUGUGAUCUGAUAGGUUUUUAUCCCUCUUCACCUCCCUUUGGCUUCACUUCAAAUCUGCUCUUAGCUGCUGCUGAGGCACUCUUCUUGGGGGAGUGUGUGUACAGUAUAUCUCUUUGUGUGUGCGUGUGUGUGUGUGUUUGGGGUUAUUGUAAGUCCUGCGUGUCAGACAUGGAUGUGGCUGUCUGUUAAGCGCCUCCUUCAAGAACGGUCGUGCUGCAUUUGCUCACAAGGUGCUCAAAGAUCAGCUCA